AGUUUAGUUCCAGCUGCUUUUGAUUCAGAUUCCAGACCAGAUGAUUUUGUAUUCAAGUUCCAGAUUUGUUGCUUGUCUGUCGUCUGUAAUUUAUUAAACUUCAAACAUCUUCAAUUCUGUUUAAAAAGUAUUCCUGAUUUUAUGUAAUGGAUAGAAUCAAAUUACUGGAGGAAAAUCUUAGAGAAGCUGCUUGUAUUGGUGAUAUCGACACUGUUGAAGAAUUGCUUUCUAAAGGAAUCGAACCAAAUGCAAAGCAUGACAUCAAUGGAUGGACUGCUCUACACUGGGCUGCCAAAAGAGGACAUAAAGACAUAGUGGCUCUACUUUUGGAACAUGGCGCUGACAUGGAUAUCCUUACUGAAAAAGGAGAGUGUCCUCUUUCUCUUGCUACUCGUCCUGAGGUCCGUCAACUGUUGGGUGCCGAUCAGUCUUCAAUGACCGUUUCGCAACAAGAAGCCAGUAGCUCCAGUCUGCCAAUCACGCCGAGCUAUUUGAAAAACCCGCCGCUGCUUUCAAAAACAAAUGGCCGCCGUCGACAUCAUGGCGGCAGCGCGCCGGUUGCCAUGGAAACGGCGGCGCAGAACCAGAUCACGCAUGCGCAGCAUUCGGCGGUUGCCAAUGGAUCUAGUGACGAACUGGUACUGAAGGUGCGGGUGGCCAACAGUGGUGACCCAGACUUCAUGGAGGUGGAACUCCCACAGAACGAGCUCACCUACUACACACUGCUCAGGGUCUGCUGUGAGGAACUCGGCAUUACCACGUCACAGGUGAUCCGUAUCCGUAAACUGCCAGACACAAUGAUCAGGAAGGACAAAGACGUGCAGCGAUUGGCCAAUUUCCAGGAGAUCGAAUUGGUGGUAGCAGGUCAGCACGGAUUGGCCAAGGCGGGACCCAAUGGCAUCAUUUUCCCCUCAGGACCCACGGCCAACGGCUAUCAGUCCAUUCAUCUCUACAAGAAUCAGACCAUUUUGUACUAGGCAUGGUUAGUUUUGUAAUGAGAAUGGUUCAUUUUGUACUGAAAAUGGUUACUUUGUACUAAAAUGACGUUGGAUAUGAGUUUUUGAAGGUUUUGAUACGUGUGUCAAGGCGUGAGAUACGCGUGUCAAAAUUGAGGAUACGUGUAUUAAGGCGUGAGAUACUUAUGUCAAAAUUGAGGAUACGUGUAUCAAAAUAUAGGAUACUUGUGUCAAAAUUGAGGAUACGUGUAUCAAGUCGUGAGAUACGUGUGUAUCUCACACGUUUUCCUCAAUUAUUGCAAAAUUGAGGAUACGUGUAUCAAAAUAUAGGAUACUUGUGUAAAAAUUGAGGAUACGUGUAUCAAAAUAUAGGAUACGUGUGUCAAAAUUGAGGAUAUGUGUAUCAAAUCGUGAGAUACGUGUAUCAAGUCGUGAGAUACGUGUGUCAAAAUUGAGGAUACGUGUAUCAAAAUAUAGGAUACUUGUGUCAAAAUUGAGGAUACGUGUAUCAAAUCGUGAGAUACGUGUAUCAAGUCGUGAGAUACGUGUGUCAAAAUUGAGGAUACGUGUAUCAGCUUGUGAUAAGUCUGUCAGAUUUGAUGAUAUCAUUGUUUAUUCUAACCUGUAUACAGACCAUAGAGAGAAGAUAGCAUAAAAAGAGAUCCCAUGAUAUAGGUAGUUCAUGUUCCAAUUUUCAAGCCGAUUACUGUCGACUAAUAAUAGACUAUUAUUACUGUGUUGUUGGGGUGAGAGUGUGAGAACGGCACAGUAUGAGAGACUAUCAGCGUCACAUAGCUUCACACAAAAGAACUACUAGGACUAUAAGCUUGACACAACAUUGAAAGUUGGAACAUAAACGCCCUAUACAGAGUGUUCUGAAAACAAAUUCUAUUUAACAUAGGUCCGAAAAUGCUUGUUUACCAAGUUAUACAGGGUGGAAGAUUUCGUUUAAAUGUCUGUGCCCCUGCUGUACAUUCCAGUAUCUGAAUGUUAUCAAUGGAAAUGGUUAUAAUUCUUUAAUUAACAUUCCGACUAGAAAGGUGGAUAAUAGUCAGUCUUUAAUUGAUCAUAUAUUCUUCAGGAAAUUCUACACAUUCUAUCGAACCAAAAAUAGCUAAUGUCUUUAAAUUAAAUAUCACUGAUCACUUUGCUACCACUCUUCAUAUAAAUCUAAACAGUGAAUUGCCUCACACUCCUGUCACACAGACAAAUAUAAUUACUAUGAUUGAUUUUAAUAAACUUGAAUCAUACCUACUGCACGAAAAAUGGGAAUUUCUGAACAAUGAUGAUUCUGUUGAUUCUAUGGUUGAGAGGUUUGUUAAUACGCUUACAAAUUAUUUACAUAUUUCUAAAUAUGAAAAAAAUUAAACAUAAGAAAAAUCCACUGAAACUAUGGAUUACGCUGGGCUUGAUAGAGUAGAGAAAGCCCUACGUGUAUUUGUUGGCUGUUAAUUAAGAUGUACAAUUUAGUGAACUAUAUGUAAAAUGAACUAAAAAAUAGGAUAAAACCGUUUCCAGACCUGUAGCUACAGUAAUUUUAAAGAUAUGUGACGAAGUAUGCGAAACUUGGUCCCGAUAAACAAGUUCCUUUAAGUUUGAAGCAGAUUUACUAUGUUAAACGUACAAUAAACACAAUAUGUUUUUACAGGACUUGUAGACAAUUUAAUUUCGAAGAGAAAGAUUUAGAAUACAUCUAUAAUAGACAAACGCAACCUUGAAAUAUAAUCAUUAAUUACAUACAAAACGCAUGAAAAAUAGAGAGCUUAACAGAUUUUGACUA